CUGAUGUUGGCGACACUGUUCAGUGUGGUUUAGGCACAGUUUGUUUAGGUUAGUUAGGAAACGGUAUUUUCGACGAGUCGUUUCGCGUGUAUACGUCGCACGACGUGUUUGUGUCUUCUCUUCCUCUCGAAAUGUCCCGUCUCGCGGGCACCGCACCGGCAUACGAGAGAGGUUAAUAAUAUCGCGAGAGGAGUGCAUUCGCAUUCGCGCCGAAGAUCGUCCACGAAGAUCGUCGUCCCCCCGUCGACUCGCCCCGCGAUUUUUCGCUCCGCGAUUUUUCGCCGAGUGACGGAAAUCGCGUGUCAGUAGUAUAGCCUUCGUAGUAUCCGCGCGACGGAGGAGUAGCAGGAGACGCAGCCAGCUGAACCAGCAUCGCGUCCCGCGAAGAUCUUCGUAACCUCCCUACUGAGGUGUUUUCAUCCCGCCAGCUUGUCGUAAGAGAGACGUCCAAAGCGCGAGAGAGAUAAAGAGAGUGAGGAUCAUUCGGCCAGAAAUUAAAUUCCGCCAAUUCUUAGCCUCUCAAUACAGUAGUUUUUUUUUUUUUUCUUCUUAACCGGCGAUGAGCGACGGUAAGCAGGUAGGUGAAACUCCCAGUAGCGAGGUUGCUAACCGAUUUCGAAGCUGUAGGGAUCUGAGCGACAUUAUACCGUUGUACCCGUCGCACGCGCUUUAUCUGAAACCGCUUGCCAAAGUUAACGUGUCGGUCACUCUGCCCCAACUGAAGACUCCAGGCAAAACAAUAUCGACAUGGGAGGUAAUGGAGAAGAUACGCGCGCUUAUACUGCCGGACGAGUUCGCAUCCCUGAAAGUGGCCAAGAGCACUCUGGAAUUCAUCCGGCUGGAGGGCGACCUGCGGGACCGAUGCAGGUUGCCGAGGGUGCUAGCCAGGCUGGACUCGCAGCAGCUGAAUCUGGCCGGCUUCUCCAAUGUCCUCAAGGUCCGCGCGGCCGAGGCGAAGGAUGACUUCCCAACCAGACACAGCUGGAACUCCUAUUUCAGGGAUGCGAAACACAUGAAUGAAUUGAAGGCCGGCGAGAGACCGGACACUAUCCAUAUUAGCGGUUUACCGGUUAAAUGGUUCACCGAGGAUAACGCAAAUGCACCGAGCGAGUCGCUCAUCACGAAGAUCUUUAAGAAAUGGGGUACGCUGAGGAGAAUCGACGUACCCGCCGCGGAUUCCUACAGGUCUAGGAUGCGGCUCGGUAAUAACAUUCAUAAAUUCAGCUAUGAGGACGGCAUAUUUUUCGACGUGUACAUACAAUACGUCGAAUACAUGGAUUUCGUUAAAGCGAUGGACGCUCUGCGCGGCAUGAAGCUGUUGAAGAAGGACGGUCAGAAUUCGCUGACCGCGACACUGAAGAUUGAUUUCGACAAGACCAAACACUUGAGCGAUAGCUCGGUAUCGCACCGAGAAUUCGAGAGAAAGCGUCUAAUAGCACAGGACAACUUAGCGGCGGAGAAAAUUCGAAAAAGAGAGGAAGCAGAAAAAAAACGGCAAGAGGAACAAAAAAAGAAAGAGGAGGUAAAUUCGAUGGCGAAAGUCGACCGACAACGAAAUCGGGAAGAGAAACGAAAACGAAAGGCCCUUACGAAGUUUCGUAAGCAAGAGGAAGACAAAGUCUCAAUGAAGAUUGCAAGGGAAGAACAAAAGUUGAUAAAAGCUCAACGGCAAUUGGAAAGCAUACGAUUAUUAGAUGAACUGUUUGACAGAAUAAAGACGAAAGUGGAGAAAAAAGAGAUUAAGCUAAAUACGGAUCAAAAUACGGAAAAGAAGGGUGAAAAGAAAAACGACCAAAUAAAUGAGAAAAAAAAAAAGCGGAAGAAAACGCAGAAAAAACAAAAAAAGGGCGAUGAAUCCGGUUCGGGCAGCACGACCGAGGAAGAAUCGGAUGAAGAAACGAAUAAGAAAAAGCUCAAGAGUGUCUUGAUAAAGAAUGAUAGUGCGACUUCGUCCACAAGUGCUGCGGCAACAAAUCUUCCUUAUGACUAUUCCGAUUCGAUGUCGAGGAUACAAAUGUUGCCGUCGAUGGCGCCAUUCCAUGCAAUGAGGAUGCCGAGGUAUUCGAGAGCACAGAUGAUACGGUCGCCAAUGUCGGAAUAUUCUGCGAUGUCGCUUCAUCACCCCAUGUUACCUAUGGGCAGGGGUCGGGGAUUUCCACGAUACGACAUGAACUAUACGCUGACAAAUCCUUAUUUGUAUAAUGGACAAUAUUACGAGUAUUUUACACAUUUGGUUGAGCGGGAUUCGAAACAGCGGAAAUCGCGAGUGCGCGACCGUCGAAGAUCGACAAAUAGAUCUAUCUCAAGAACGAGGACCAGGACGAAUUCCAAAACGAAAUCUAGGAGCAACUCGAGAUUGCGUGGUAGAAGACGCAGCGGUUCGCGUUCCAAGAGUCGUGACAGAAGGUCGAGAUCCAGAUCGCGAUCGCGCAGAUCGAGAUCACGAUCGCGCAAAUCAAGAUCGCGAUCACGAUCACGAUCGCGGAGAUCAAGAUCGUGGUCGCGCAGAUCGAGAUCACGUUCACACAAAUCGAGAUCAAGAUCGCGAUCGAGGUCGCGGUCUAAGAAUCGCUCCCGAUCGCGCAGCCGCCGGAGAUCGGCAAGCAAAUCCGCCUCGAGGAGGAGAACAAGGUCAAGAUCGAACUCUAAGUCGAAGCGCAAGGACAACAAAUCGUCCAGCAGAUCGAAAUCAAGCUCCAAAACGCGUCGUUCCAGAUCCAGACGAAAAUCGCGAUCCAGAAGUGGCUCCAGGUCCCGCAGCAGGAAUCAUUACAGGAGCAGGCGCGGCAAGAGAUCGUCUUCCGUUGUCAAAGUCACACGAGCGAGAUCACGACCCACGUCACCCAGACGGAUAUCGCGCAGCAGUUCCUGGUCUAUGCCAAAGUCACCAGGUCGUAGAAGUUGCUCUUGGUCGAGAACUAUCUCCGCAAAUAAUGUUAACGAGCAAGACACGAACGAGAGAUCCGAAAAUCCCAUUCAAAAGGAGACAGUGGAGACGCAGAAUACAGAAGCGAAUUGAGAAUAAGAUUUAGCACUAAUUUUUUAAAGCGUGUCAAGAGGACAUUUUUUAAAGAUACUGCUACAUAAGAAAUGAAAAUACAAACUUUUAGCUUUUAGUGUACUUGUCAACAAUAUGAACACUUAAAAUCUCUAAUUGAGUGUAGAUAGAACUUUCUUCUUGUACAUAAUUUGUAAAUACAUUGCGAAGCAGUUUUCUCCGUGUA